AUGGAUAAAUCCAAAGAGGAGAGCGAACUGGAGAUUCCUACAACUGGAAAUUGGUCAGUUUGUGCAAAUGAAGGAGACGAUAGUCGCUGGUUUCUCCACGAAUCACAGAAAUGGAUGUACAAUGUCGACGAUCACGCCUACUUUCACGUUGCCUCAGGAACGAUUCUUCGAGGAGAAGAAUAUCUUGAGCCUGCGCUAGAUGAGCAGGAGGAGGAAGAAGACGAAGAAGAAUUCGCUCUAGACUUUAGCAAGGAUCUCAUCUCUGGCACAGUUUCUAGAAAGGCUCCAAUUGAAAGUAAAACGGAAUCAGAAGACCGAUUUACAACUUGUGAGUGCAUGUCAAUUCAGUAUGUGUCGAACUCUGAAGCGUUGUGUUACUAUUCUGGUGUGUUUGAUGGACAUUAUGGACCAGAAUGUUCCGAGUACACAUCACGCCAUUUGAAGAAUAAUAUACUCUCCGUGUUCCGACAAUCCGUGCACUCCAAGGGCGUGAAGAGGCGCAAAAGUAUAAAAGGGGCAGAGAUUGCAGACACUAGUCACGAAUGUGCAGACGUUGAAGCUUUAGUAAAUGGGUGUAUAAAGGGUUUUGAGAUGACAGAUAACAACUUUUGCCGUAUUGCUGAUCGCUCAAACAUUAUGGAUGGAAGCACAGCGUGUGUGUUGCUUUUAUAUGGUCCAGAUCCAGAUGGCUCUCUGAAAAUUAUUAGCGCAAACGUUGGAGAUUCCAGGGCUAUUUUAUGUUCCCUUGGAGAUGACGGGGAAAGUUACAUAGCUACGGCUCUCACGGUCGAUCAUAAACCAGACUCUCCAUCUGAGAAGGAACGGAUUCUUGCAUCUGGAGGUACUGUAGAAUUUUUACAGGGUACAUGGAGAGCUGUUGGAAAACUACGGAACCAAAUCGCAUGUGCACUAGCAACCUCUAGGUCAAUUGGUGACCUGAUGCUAAAGACCCCAAAGAAGAUUGUGUCUGCUGUACCAGAUGUUAGAAUACGCACGGUUGACUUUGAUAAGGAUUUAUUUGUCGUACUCUGCACAGACGGAGUUACUGAUGUUGUAACAAAUCAGGAAAUUGUAAACAUUGUAGCAGAGUGCAUACAGGCAGGAAACAGCCCAGAAAAGGCCGCAGAAAAGAUUGUAGCCACAUCUGAGCAGCGAGGUUCCUAUGAUGAUAAGACAUGUACCAUAAUUUACUUUGGUUGGCACAAGGAAAUCUUUUCAAAGUGUCUCGUUCAAGAUACCGAGGUUCCAGAGGAUGGGCAGAAAGAAGAGGAGAAUGAGGAGGAGGACGAAAACAUCUUUGCAGCCUAG